AUGCUUCGUAUUGGUGCCCGUACGACGAUUGGUGCCCAUAGCAUCUUAGAGGGUGUUACCACAAUUGGUGUCGAUAAUCGUAUUGGUCACUACGCGGUCAUCGGCGGUGCACCACAGGAUAUGAAAUAUCAAGGUGAGCCAACAGAGCUUUUGAUAGGGGAUCGUAACACCAUUCGAGAAUUUACCACGAUCCAUACUGGAACCGUACAAGAUAAAGGCGUUACCCGCAUAGGUAGUGACAACUGGAUUAUGUCUUAUGUCCAUAUUGGUCAUGAUUGCCUCGUCGGCAACCAUACAAUUUUUUCAAGUAAUGCACAAAUUGCAGGUCAUGUGACGGUGGGCGAUUGGGCAAUUCUCGGUGGAAUGUGCGGUGUUCACCAGUUUAUUCAAAUUGGUACACACGCCAUGCUCGGAGGAGCCUCUGCAUUAGUCCAAGAUCUCCCGCCUUUUGUGAUUGCUGCAGGUGACAAAGCGGUUCCUCACGGAAUUAAUGUAGAAGGGCUAAAGCGUCGCGGGUUUUCCCCCAGUCAAAUUAGCCACUUGCGUCAAGCUUAUAAAAUUCUCUACAAG